AUGUCGAGCCAGAAUAUUUCCGAGAGUGACCCAACACUCGGCGAUUCACUCGAGCAGGAUGAGAUCAUGACAAAUCCUGUUCCCGACGACAAAAAAGAAGAGAAAAAGACAGUACCUACUUUGGACCAAAUUGCACCAAGAUGUGUCAUCAGUACCAGGCUCACGGCUCUGAACCCCCGCCUGACGAGCCAAGAGUCAUUCUGCGAGCUACUCCAGUGGUGGAGAGACAGAAUCAUCGAGUCAUUUGGCUUGCAGCUGACCGACUUUAACGUCGUCUUGGAAAAGCGUGAAAAACAAACCAACGCCAACGCAAAGAUCAUCGCGGAGAUCGCUUUCACUGCGCAGGAUAGAUCCGGAAAAGAUCUUGGUUACAUUCACUUCAUGAACAGCAGAGAUGGUAAGGGCGGUGCCGUCACAAUCGUCACCCGAGACGUGACUCUGCAGCCCAAGAUGGUCCUGCCUGAAGUCGAGCCCCCCAAAGAACCUCGAGAUGUUCGGUUCGCUCAUCGUUCCGAACUCGGUUUGGGAAGAGCGGUUCUCAACUUUUUAGGAGCCGGUACAAACCAUGCUGUCUCCUGCAGAGCGGGUGGUUACAAGUACAAGUUCGAUUUCAACCCAGACGGCGAACUCAAGGCCACUCUGACAGCCAUGAAUGAAGACAAAAUCAACGAGUUUCGACGAUCGACAGUCCCUCAAGGCAGCCAGUAUGUCCCAUUUCGUCCGCAUCCGAAAACAGAUACUAUCUUCACCAUUGGUGGAGAUAGUAACGGACCAGGGAGAGGCGGGCGAGGCAGAUACAUAUUCCGCUCGAAAGUGACUCCAAGAGAGUUCAGCAUGUGGUGCGAACCUAUCUUGUUUCUACAGGAAGUCGAUGAUGAUGGCAUCGUAAAGACCGAGAUGGGUGAUCUGAUCCUUGAUGCCAAGUUCCGGGGCAAACUCUACCUUAAAGGUUUUCUCCUGAGUGAGACGAACCGCAGGAGCUAUGCCAGCCUGUCGGAGAAGCAGCUCAGAUACGGUUACAAUAUCCUCUACGGAACUCCAGAUGAGAAGAGGAAGCACAUGAGUUCGCUUGAGGAAGAGUGCCAAGCUAUCAUUGGUAUCGUCCCACUAGCUCAAGACUGGUAUGUCCUCCUUGCUAAGGCUUUCCGCUUGGACCCCGAAUGCAAAGACAAUCUUCCGAAUUUUGGUCGACAGGCAGUAGAAUUGCGAGAUUCAUACUGGUCCAUCUUGAAGCCCUACAACACGAUCGAUAGAAAAGUGUACGACCUGAUUCCACAAUUCCUUAUAGAAGAGUCAGUUUCUCCAGACAAGACUCCAAUCUCCUUAUUCGUCGGCAAGGCUCUUCAAUCCUGCCUAUUUGCAUGCGAACACACAGAAACCCUCCGCGCCAUGUUUUUUAUAGGACUAUGUUUUCCUUCUUGGGAUAUUCUCGUAGAAGAAGAUGUCGUCCGAAUACCCAACAGAUGGCUUGAUGAGUGCGAAUUGAGGCAGAGAAAUGACAGCUUCAGAGAUGCACCACUAGUAUAUUUGAUGGCGACAGCUUCGAGUCUCCUGUUUCAGUACGUUCUCGACCAGCUCGUCAUUGACGAGGAAUCUUGUGCCCAACACAAAGCCAUUGCUAGACAGAGAAUGAUAGACUAUGCGCAAGAGGAGACACACUCUGAGAUGUUGAAUCUGAACUUUGAACCAGGUUCAGGAGUCAACUGCGCCAAUGUCUCCUGGAAGACUUUGAUUCCUCCUGAGAGUGGUUCGAACUAUCAUGUCCAACUGCACCAGACAUCAACAUGUUCGGGUCUCCAGGAGGCUCUUCUCGUUCGAGACAUCCUCCCGGAGUCUCCAACUUGCAUCAACGACACAUGCCACAUCUCGGAGGUGGUUAUCACAGAGGAGUUCAGACGAUACUGCAUCAGAGAUUGCCUUUUGGGGCAAGAGUAUUUUGGCAUCGUCUAUAACCCCGAUGAUCCUCUAUCCAUUCCCCUCAUCACAAGUACUUUCACAGUACCGCUGGAUGUGAGCAAUACCGAUGAUCAUGAUGUAGAGAUGACAUUGGAGGGACCCGAAGAUCAGCAAAGCCAGCCAUCUUUUUGA